AUGAAUUCGAUGCUCUCAAGAGUCCGUGGAGUCCGUGGCAUAUUAACGCUUUCAAAAUCUGAAACUUCGGAUUCGCCACGUGAUCUUGAAGCCAAGGGUGACUUGAAGGUGUUAUCCGUAGCUUGGAACCAAGACUAUAGCGGUUUCAUUGUCGGAACAAAUCGAGGGUUCGAUGUGUAUAGUUGCAACCCAAUGAUCAAGAAAAGCAUCAGCCGUGCUCCCCACGAAUUAGGCUUCAAAACCGCCGAGAUGCUCUUCCUUUCUAACCUAUUUGCUCUUGUUGGCAACGGCUACAACAAUUCCGAGUACCCUCCUCACAAAGUCUUCGUUUGGGACGAUCAUAGAAACACGUGCUUCUGCGAGCUCGCUUUUAAAUCAGAAGUUAUCGCUGUGAAACUGACGAGAGAACACAUUGUGGUUGUCCUGAAACAAAAAGUCUACGUCUACAGUUUCAACACCCUUAAGGUUUACCGUGUGAUCGAAACCUCCAUGAACCCUAAAGGAUUGUGUUGCAUCUCUCACGUGGAGACGAAAGCAGUCUUGGCUUGUCCAGGGUUUCAUCCGGGACAAGUUCAGGUCCAUGACUUGAAACGGAAUGUAAUCAAAUAUAUAAAAGCACAUGAUUCUGCUAUUGCUUGCAUGACUUUGACAAUCGAUGGAAGUCUUCUUGCGACCGCUAGCACUAAAGGAACUCUUAUCAGGAUUUUUAACGCUCUUGAUGGCACUCUCUUACAAGAGUUUCGGAGAGGAAUGGAAAGAGCAGAGAUCUAUAACCUUGCAAGCUCUUCGAAUCUGAGAUGGGUCGCUGCAUCGAGUGAUAAAGGGACUCUCCAUGUAUUCCGUUUGAGACCUGACAUUCUUAGUUAUAGUCCUGCUUCUUCGUCGUCAUUCAUAAGAGGGAUCUUACCGAAGUAUUUCUACGAAAAUGAAAGGUCGUUUGCUCAGUUCUCACUGCCAGCUUCCACCAAGUUCAUCGUAGGUUUUGGAUCAGAGAACAAUGUUCUUCUCGUAGGCAUAGAUGGAAGUUUCCGGAGGUACAGAUUUGAUCAAGCAGAUGGUGGACAGAUGGUGGAGUUGGAACAUAAAUGCUUCUUCUCCUUACAAGAGACGAGCGACACAAUAGUUGUAUAA